CAUUUGCAGCUUCACGGUUCAGACCACACAAAGACUCUCCAGCUCCUCCAUCUCAUGCUUUUCCUCAGUGACUGAACGGAAAUGUUUCUUCUCUUUUUGCUCUCAGGCGUGGUGGUCCAGGGUCUCCAGGUGGACAUUUCCCCCCGGAGGCCCGUCUUCAAGCUGGGCGAGCGACACCAGCUGCUCUGCUCCGUCCGGGAGUGUGCCGCCGUGCCCGCCGUCACGUGGACGCUGCUCGGCGACCGCCCGCUGACCGCCACCGUCGACGGCGGCCGCGCGCAGUCGGUGGUGACCUUUGACCCCGUGGGGAUGGAACACGAAGGCAUCGUGCUGUGCAAAGUCAUGUGCGGACAACAACGCAAGCUCGGCAAAGCCAACGUGCAUGUUUACGCUUUCCCAUCAGACCCCGUCAUCAAAGGUCACGACCCUGUCAGACUGGGGGAGGAGUCCACCCUCACCUGUCAGGUGUCCGACCUUUACCCCGCGGAGCUGAUCACGCUGGAUUGGCUGAGAGGAGGCGUGGUGCUGCAAAGCAUUGUGGGAGAUGCCGGCGCUACCUCAGUCCGGUCCACCUACCGCUUCACCCCUCAGAGGGCGGAGUCGGGAUCCCGCUUCACCUGCAGGGCCACGCUGGAUCUUCCGGAGCUGCCCCCCCUCAACAUGACCAGGGAGUCCUCGGUCCUCCUCAACCUGCUGUACGCCCCGGUCGUCACGGCGAUAUCGGACCCCGGGGUGGUGAUGGCCGGCUCCGCCCUCGUGCUUACGUGCUUGUCGGAGGGCAACCCGCCGCCGGUGGUCACCUGGACCUUCAGAGCGGCGCACGGCGGGUCCACGCUGGUCCGGGGCGAAGGUCCCAAGCUGGUCAUUCCCGAGGCGAACGUGUCCCAGGCGGGUCGCUACGAGUGCCGGGCAGAGAACUCGGAGGGGACGCGAAGCGCUGCGGUGGAGGUCAAAGUUCACGCUCCGCCCACCAACACCUCCAUCUCGGUGAGUCCGGGCGAGGAAGUUCUGGAAGGUCAGCGGGUGACGUUCACCUGCCGCUCCGACGGGGCCCCGCCCACCAGGCUGGUGCUGAAGAGAGAAGGGGUGGAGCUUAAGAGCGCAGACUCCGCCUUCCUGCUCAACUUCAGCCUGGCUUCCGUGCAGCCGGAAGACUCCGCCUACUAUCAGUGUGAAGCCUCCAACCAGUUCGGAUCUCAGCUGGUCGCCAGCGCCGUCACGGUUAAAGCUCACCCGCUGCAGGUUUACGUCAGUCCCCGGGCGUCCACGGUGGAAGUGGCCUCAGGUCUGCUCCUCACCUGCGGCGCCUCCGGAUGCCCGAGCACGCCCGCCUUCACCUGGAGGAGAGCCCAGCCGGACCGGAGCCUCCUAGACCGGACUGAGCUGCAGGACGGACUGUCCCAGCUCCACCUGCGCCACCUGGACCUCAGAGACCGUGGCGUGUACGUCUGCGAGGCCCGCUGCCAUGACGUCAGCAGGACCGUCGAGGCCAAGGUCCACGUCUACUCUUUUCCAUCUGAUCCAGUUCUGAAAGACGCCGGCGCCAUCCUGAUGGGCCAGGAGGCGUGGCUUCAGUGUGACGUCAUGAAUGUGUUUCCGGCCAAUCAGCUGAGACUGUCAUGGUUGUCGGGCAACGCCACCCUGCUGGUGCAGUCCUUUGGCUCCUCCCCUUCCUUUCAGAACAUCUCGGCGGUGCUGCGCCAUCGGGUGGCGGACGAGCGGCGGGUGGUGAGCUGCGUGGCCGACCUGCUGACAGAGGCCGGGGACGUGUGGAGGUCCAGGAGGACGAGCUUGCCUCUGCAGGUCCACUACCCUCCCAGGGGAACGUCCAUCUUGGUGAGUCCGGACCAAGAGGUUCUGGAGGGUCAACAGGUGACCGUCACAUGCCGCUCGGAUGGAGCUCCGCCCACCAGGCUGGUGCUGAAGAGAGAAGGGGUGGAGCUUCAGAGUUCAGACUCCGCCUCCUCGCUCUCCUACAGCUUUUCUUCCGUGCAGCUGGAAGACUCCGCCCACUACCAGUGCGACGCCUCCAAUCAGUUUGGAUCUCAAAUGGUCAGCAGUGCUGUGACUGUUAAAGCCCCUCCCAGGAACACCACGGUGCUGGUGCUGCCGUCCUCGGUGGUGGCGGAAGGUCAGAACGUCACCGUGUGCUGCCGGACCGUCAGCUGCCCGCCCUCGGCCGUGCUUCUCAAGAAACUGGCCGACGGGACGGAGCGCCGCUCCGCCAACGGGACCUUCCUGUUGGUCAACGUGACGGCCCGCGACUCGGGUUGGUACCAGGUCAACGUGACCAACGACUUGGGCUACCAGGUCCAGGUGUUCAGUCUCAGCGUGAGAGAGCGCGGCAAAAAGACUCCGCCCACUCUCGCCGCCGUCCUCGUCCCGGCGAUGAUCGGCGCCGCCGUGGUGGCCAGCGCCGGCCUGGUCCUCGACUACCUGAGAAGGUCCAAAAAGAAAGGGUUCUACCAGCUGAGCCGGUCCGCCUGAACGCCACCACCACGACUAUGUGACUUCCUGUCUGGCCAGGAAGUGUCACGGCUGACUUGAGACCCCGGAGACACACUGGGGGUGGUGCCUUGUGGUGUCUCCUUGUUCGGGCGCCGCUGAUUGUCAUUCACAUCCAGUGCUCGGUUUCCGUGGAAACCAGCUGAUGAGCUUUGUGGGAAAAACACUCCUCUGAUUGGUUGUCUGGACGGCUAAGCUAAGCUAAACUGGCGUCCCUGUUCCAGUCUGCAUGCUAUCCGCGUCUCCAUGGUAACGGCUGGUGGAGGCGCUAAAACUUAUGCUGUAUGUGCGAAGGUGGGGGGAUAAAUAUGAUGUAUGUUUUCCACUGGUGUUUUUAAGUGUCCGCGACCCCUGACCUCGGUGUGCGCGUCUUAACAAUCGUAGUGCUGCGUCUCAGCAUUCUAAUCAGCCACUUCCUGCCCGCAAGACCACAACAUGGGACUUGUUUGUUCACUCAGCACCUUCUCAUCUGGAUCUGGUCCAGAAUGCAAGUCCCUAAAAAACCAGAACCAUGAAUCACCAGGACUGGACUUUGGCGCCCUCUCUCCGUGGAUCCCCCCCCUUCCCGGUCUUCUUAAAUUCUGACGACAUCAGCAGCGUGGAGGUGGGCGGAGCUGAGAGAGUGGGCGUCAUCUGAUUCUCGGAGAGGGUUUUGGUGGUUGCCAUGGAAACAGAGUUGUUCAGCCAGUGAGCAAAUAAGGCUAACACAUUUUUAGAAUCAUAUUUGCAUAGUCAAAAUUAAAAAGGGUUAAUAAUAAUAAUAAUAAUAAUAAUAGAUUUUAUUUGUAAAAAAAAAAAAAAGCACUUACAUUGAGUAAACAACCUCAAAGUGCUACAGUGUAUUAAAAAAAAAAAAAAGAUAAUAAAAAAUAAAUAUAAAUAAAAACUAGAACAGCCAAAUAGCUAAAACUAGUAUGCAUAUAUCAACAACAAAAAAAUCCACAGUCUGUGGUGCCCUCAGGUGGUCAGGGAGAGCGUUCCACAGACUGGGAGCGGCGGAGCAGAAAGCCCGGUCUCCCAUUGUUCGUAGCUUUGUCCUCUGAGGUUGGAGGUGGUUAGCCCAUACUUGCCAACCCUCCCGGAUUUUCCGGGAGACUCCCGAAAUUCAGCGCCUCUCCCGAAAACCUCCCGGGACAAAUUUUCUCCCGAAAAUCUCCCGAAAUUCAAGCGGAGCUGGAGGCCACGCCCCCUCCAGCUCCAUGCGGACCUAAGUCCGCUUUCCCACAAUAUAAAGAACGUCUACAGUAAAGCAGUCCGUCUAAACAGCAAUGUUGUGACACUCUUAAACAGGACAAUACUGCCAUCUAGUGCAUUUGAUGAAAGCAUUUUUGUGCGUGCCACACAGCAAUGCAUAAUCAGAGAGGGUGUUCAGCAUGGUUAGAAAGAUAGUGAAAGAGAAUAGAACAAGGAUGGACAAUUCAACCCUUAACUCAACAAUGAGUAGAUGAGUGUUAUGUGUGUGUAUAUGUGUAGAUAAAUGAUAUAUAUCCAUCCAUCCAUCCAUCCAUUUACUACCGCGUAUUCCCUUCGGGGUCGCGGGGAUAUAUAUAUAUAUAUAUAUAUAUAUAUAUAUAUAUAUAUAUAUAUAUAUAUAUAUGAAAUACUUGACUUGGUGAAUUCUAGCUGUAAAUAUACUCCUCCCCUCUUAACCACGCCCCCGCCCCAACCACGCCCCCGCACCCACCUCCCAAAAUUGGAGGUCUCAAGGUUGGCAAGUAUGGGUUAGCCUGUCCGGAGCGGAGGUGUCGUGUGGAGGAUUUGGGGGUGAGUACACUGUAAAAAAAAAGAUUCUGUGAAAAAAAUGGUCAUCUACUACCAUAAAAUUAAAGUAUAACAUUGUAAACCAAAUAAUGAUGAAAAACAUUAUAUUUACAGAAAUUUUCAUGAAACGUUUUGCGGAAAAAUAUCGUAAUUUUACAGAUUUUUAUUAAAUUAUUACGAUUUAUUCUACAGAGUUUUUCCAAAUGAUUACGAUCAAACACCUUUAAUGAAGUGACAAUGCUGGCAGUUCCACAGAAAAAUACCAUUAUUUUGCAGAUUUUUUCUGAAUUGUUAAGAUCGACCACCUUUAAUAAAGUGACGAUGCAGAAAAAUACCUUUAUUCUAGAUUGUUAGUAUGGACA